AGAGAUUGCAAAAUACCAGCAGUGGUAACGGGCAAGGUGGACUCCCAACCGAUCUGACCAAUACCGGUUGUCCCAACUGAUGCAAAAAUUUCGAGCGGGAGAUCCCCCGUACCAAAGUGUUACAAGGGCCAGGGGGCGGCGAUUGUUCUGUUCGGUUCGGUUCAAGGUUCGUUCUGGAUGCUGGAUGCUGGAUGUUGGUACAAAGAAGUCAGAUUAUUAUUCUCUCACUUUAAAAAAAGAUUGUUAUCUCUUGCCUCCCUUUCCUUACCUUCCUUUUUUUUUUUCUGUCUUCCUUUUGCAAAUUACCCUUUUUUGCCUUCUUCCCUUCCGAUUGUUUUUUUUUUUUCUCCCUCCCUGGUUCGCCGCGCUCCCCUCCUCCCUCCCCCGGGUUCUGUGUUGAACACCUUAUUAUCACGUCUUAUUCUUCUUCCUCUCUCUCGCCUUCUUCCUCCUGUCGUUCUUCUUUCCCUCCUCACGCUCCUCUUCUCCUCAUCCUGUCCCUCCUCCCCCCUAAGUCGACGAAAGGCUUUCCUGAGGUGGUCAGUCAGAUCCCUCUCAC